GCUAGUCCAGCUCCGUACAGAGUGGUGGCCGCCUUAUCUCACAUUGUGACGAGUUGUAAACAAGCUUUGUUUGCUCAUUUGGUAUUAAUAUGCCAGCAAAUAUGCCCUGAAAAGCAUUUGUGAAUCAGACCACUUCGUUGCAUCAACGAUCAUGAGCGUUUCAAAGGACGAAUGCGAAAGUACCGAUAUAGAAUUGGAUUCGGAACAUAAUAUUUCUCAGCAUGAUAAUGCCGACGCAUCUUCAAGCUUAUUGUCUGGAAUAUAUGGAAUGCUUAUCACCGUUUUUAGCAUGGUAAUAUGCAUCAACCAUUACGUCACUGAUGACGUAACAGAUGUUACAGUCGAUGUAUAUUUUAUUUUGUUAUGUCUAAUUGGGAGUAUUUGGAUGAUAUCAUUUCGACAUAUUGCGACAUCUUGUGGUAAAGAACCCACUAAAUUUCUCACGGUAAAAGGAAAUCAUUCAACAAACAGAUGGCUAAAAGGAAUAUUGGUUGUUUUCGGCAUUGCAAUUAUUAUCAAGGAUGUUCUGGAAUCGUUGACAUUAUUCGAAUACACCACAGAAGAUUGCAAGAAGCCGAUUUAUUUUAUAGCACCUGUCAUGCAGAUAGCAUUUGUAGCCAUUGAAGUCAAUUUUCUUUUCAAAUAUUCGAAGUUACAUUUGCAAGAUCAUCGAACUAUAAAUCAAUUUGGUUCAAUGCAUGUAUUGGCAACCAAUCUUUCAAUAUGGAUGCUUGUUAUAAUUGAUGAAUCAAUGGACGGUAUUGUAACUCUUGAUACAAAGAAAAAUAUGAGCUCAGGUCGACCAAUCGAAGAUUCUGCAGAGUGUACCUGCAACACGUCAUAUUGUGAUGCAGUUGUCGGGGCUCAUUCGUUCCUUUAUCCUUUCUUGAUUGAAUUCAGCCUUGUGUCAAGUUGUAUGUUAUACAUUGUAUGGAAAAAUAUCGGAAAACCAAGUCACAGUAUACCGUCAAUUAAACCUGCUUAUAAAUUCUAUAAAUCGUAUAAAGGUUUUGUUGCAGGCGGUGCUACUCUAGUCAUAACUGUUGUUGUUCUCGUCUUUAUUAACAACAGUCAUUCUCAAACGGCUGCAACAGAACAAAGUUAUGACUCGGAAAAAAUAACCUUAAUCAUAUUUAACACGUAUAUGGUGGCAAUAGAAGUAUUUAUGCUCGUGGCUUGUGGAUUCGGAUUGUACCUAUUUCAUCGAGAACCUCGACCGGUGAUUUCAAUCGUUAAUCUAGAUGUUGUUCUUCUUCUUGUUACUAUAACUGGGAGUGCUACACUUGAUAUAUUUUAUGCAUUUGCAAUAUAUGCAUCCAUAAUAUCAGAUGAAAUGUGGUAUUGGGGAGUCGUUUAUCCUGUCGUCGAUUUGCUGCAGAUUAUUGUGCAGGUUAUGUUUCUAAUCGCUGGAUUAUCCAGACAUCCAGUUGUUGAGAAGGAAGAAUUGUUCGAGUUAAAACAAGUUUCCUCGACAAGAGAACAAAAAGAUCUCAACCACAACGAUUUUACAAACAGAGCUUUCGACGGUGACGAAAAUUCAGUUAAAGAAAAGAAAUCUACAAACAUGUCUAUAAAAGUGGAUAUCGACGGUUCCAUAAAACAUAGUGACGUCAUAGAGGAUGCUCAAGAGUCGAGUUCUAGCACUCACCAAUCGGAUGGCGGGGAAGGCAGCUCGACCGGUGUUUCGUCAUUAUCUUCUACAAAAACUACACUCAUGAAGAAACAAGAGGAAAUAGAUAACGUGGACAAUAUUUACGUUCAAUUUCAUAAUGAUGAAGGCCAAAUACAGACCCAAGUAGUUCAGCCUGUGCCCAGAUAUGUUGAACGUCCCAGAAUUGCGGCUCCGAAUAAAAUAAGACUCCGGAUUCGCAACACUGUUAUGUUUUUACUGAUCGCAAACGCGUGUGUGUGGUUCUUCAUGUCCUUGGAAGGCACAGCAUUUAAAUUAUAUACUUACCCGUAUAGAUAUUAUGGCAGAAAUCCACCUAGAAAUGUGUGGCAAACUGCUUCUAUGAUUUGUCUUCCAUUGAGUAUAUUUUUCCGCAUGCACUCAUGUGCUUGUCUUUUUGAGCUAUGGGCUUUCGCUUAAAUAGAAAAGUGCUUUGCCUAUCACGAGCUAUAGAAUGUAAAUGAGAACAUGUUUGUAACAUUGAUGAUAUGUCAAUUAUAGACCGUAAACAUUUACGUUAACCUGACUUUUUAAAAAUUCUACCUUAUUUGUAAUGACAUGGUAAAACUUCCAACAAUACAAUAUGAAUCAUUGUACAUGGUGAAUAGAUAAAGAGCGUGUAUUGCUGGGUUGCAGUGUAUAUAAUGUGAUCUGCUGUUUAUAUUUUAAUCCAUUAUCUUACUUCAGUUACUGAAAUGUUUUUUAUCGCUUCGUUUUACAAUUUAAUCUCAA